AUGGCCUCUGGAGAUGACCUCUAUCUAGAUGUCCCUGGGACAGUCUAUCUAGUUGACGCAUCACGUACCCUUCAUGAUGCCGCACAUGCUGGAAAUCAAGACAUCCUACUUAUACCGCAGCCAUCUGCUUCUCUCGCAGAUCCACUUAAUUGGCCUCGUUUCAAGAAACUGUGGUCUUUGUUCCUAAUUUCGGCUUACGCAUGUGUAUUCUCCUUCGGCGAGAAUAACUGGGGAGCAUCAUGGACUCUAAUCUCCGAAGAUACCGGCGUCAGCUUGACCAACAUGAAUGGCGGAAGUGCAUUGAACUAUCUCCUCUUGGGAUUCUUCAACAUCAUCUGGAUCCCGACAGCAAUGAAGUUGGGACGCAAGAUUGUCUUCAUCAUGAGUCUGGUUAUCCUUUUGGGCGGUAGUGUGUGGGGUGGUUUCUACCACGGCACUGCCCAGUACUACAUCAUGCUAGCAAUCCAGGGUAUCGGGACUGCGGCUUACCAGGCUUUGAUUCAAUUGACAAUCUUUGAUAUGUUCUUUACCCAUGAGCGUGGCCGUAUGGUUGCAAUCUACAUCUUCUUCCAACAGCUCGGUUCCAUCCUGGGAUUGAUUCUGGGAGGAUACAUCAGCGAUGGAAUUGGCUGGCGAUGGUCCUCGCCAAUUGUGGCAAUCGCAUGUGGUGUACUCAUUUUACUAUUCAUCUUCACCUUCGACGACACCAUGUUCCCUCGGUACCGAUUCAAUCAAACAUCAAAUCCUGACCCCAUCCACUCAAGCAGCCAAGCUGAACCGAAAGAACAACUUGCAAAGGAGACUCAAAACGAGCCUCCGAUCUCUGAAAUUGACAGCCACGGUAUCGGAGAGGAUAUCACUCCACGUUCAUAUAAACAGCAGGUUGCAUUGGUCCAUUACUUUGCCGACGACAAGACAACUUGGUUCCAAUACUUCCGUCGACCAUUCUAUCUUUUCGCCUUUCCCAAUAUCGUGCUUGCCGGUAUCCAAUUUGCCUUUGGAUGCACUGCGGGUAUUGUCUCCUUCAAUACUAUCUCGGAGAUCAUGACGGAUGCACCGUAUAAUUGGAGCGCGGGCUCGACUGGAUUGAUUUUCUUGGCUGCGCUUGUUGGCAAUUUCCUAGGAAUGGGCGUCGGGUCCCUUUCAGAUUGGGUCGUUCUCGUUCUGGCUCGCCGGAAUAAAGGCUACAAGGAACCUGAAAUGCGUAUCUGGGCGUAUAUAUUCCCAUUCUGCUUUGCUGCGGUUGGAUACAUGACCUAUGGCUGGGCUGCCACGUACGGGGACCACUGGAUGUCGAUUGCUGUCGGGUUAUGCUGUCUGAUCGCGCAACAAGUCUCGAUAACCACGUUGGCAACGACGUAUGCUAUGGAAUGCUUCGACGGGAUUUCUGGUGAACUUGUCGUCGUACUCGCCAUCUGCUCGUCUUUGAUCAACUUCGCCAUCUCGUAUUCCGUACAGCCGUUUAUUGACAGCACCUCUUAUGGAUGGACAUUUACAUGCUAUGGUAUCCUAGUCACCUUAUCGGUCUUGAUGGGUGUCCCAAUGAUGAUUUGGGGGAAGAGUUGGCGCCGAAAGUGCAAAGCUCGAUAUGAGCUCUUCCUGGCCGAGACUCGGUCCAGUUCCCGCUAA